AUGAGUGUUAGAGGGUAUAAUGAAGAUGUAGAGGUAUAUAUGUAUAAGUGUUGGCACUGGUGGUGGUGCCAGGAGUCGCCAUCAGAGGAGUCAGUGUGGCUCGCGCCCUCGCCGUGCGCGGAUGUUGUAUACAAAAAUGCGCAGGAACUGCAAACUCUUCAUAUUCUUUCUUGUGUAUGGACACUCGGUGUUGUCGUAUAUCUUAACACGAGCAAGGAUGUGAAGGGCUCUGAGAACCUGGCGCUACGACUGAAGGACUCAGCGGUGACGUUACAGCAAGGUGCACCGACGGCUGCACCAUCAGGUGGCGGAGGCGGCGGAGGUGGAGUGGCCGUACCUUCCCUCUUCCUGGACGAGGAGGCCUACAUCGCUGCCGCCACGCUUGCUCCCAGCGCUGACGCCUACUCCAGGAACAAGUUCAACCAGGCGGAAAGUGACAAAUUGGCCUCUAACAGGGCCGUCCCUGACACCAGGCACUUCACGUGUCGCAAGAAGAAGUGGCGUGUGGAUUUACCUCAGACCUCCGUCAUCAUCACCUUCCACAACGAGGCUCGCUCCACCCUCCUCCGCACCGUUGUUAGUGUGCUGAACCGAAGCCCAGAACACCUGGUGAAGGAGAUCAUACUUGUCGACGACUUCAGUGAUGACCCCCAGGAUGGGGCUUGGCUUGCAAGAUACAGAAAGUGGGGAAGCAUCAGGGAAGAGAGAGGUGAAGGCUUGAUGCGGUCACGAGUGAGGGGAUCAGAUGCUGCUACAGCCCCUAUCCUCACUUUUUUGGACUCGCAUUGUGAAUGUAACCAACACUGGCUAGAACCUAUGCUUGAGCGGGUGGCUGAGGAAAAAACAAGAGUUGUCUGCCCAAUAAUAGAUGUCAUCAGUAUGGACACCUUCCAGUAUAUUGGUGCAUCAGCUGACCUAAGAGGAGGCUUUGAUUGGAAUUUAGUUUUCAAGUGGGAAUACCUCGCUAGUGAAGAAAAGAAGAAACGACAAAAAGACCCAACACAAGUCAUAAAAACUCCAAUGAUUGCCGGUGGAUUAUUUAUGAUAGAUAAAUCAUAUUUUGAAGAGCUUGGGAAAUAUGAUAUGGCUAUGGACAUUUGGGGUGGAGAAAAUUUAGAAAUAUCUUUCCGAGUGUGGCAGUGUGGGGGAAGUCUAGAAAUUGUCCCAUGCUCCCGAGUGGGACAUGUUUUCCGUAAGCAGCAUCCAUAUACCUUCCCAGGAGGGUCUGGAAAUGUGUUUGCUCGAAAUACUCGAAGAGCAGCAGAAGUUUGGAUGGAUGAUUACAAGAAAUAUUAUUAUUCUGCUGUGCCAUUAGCAAAAAGUGUUAAGUUUGGAAAUAUUCAAAAUCGCCUAGAACUACGUAAGCAGCUGAAGUGUAAAAACUUCAAGUGGUACAUGGACAAUGUAUACCCUGAAUUGAAGGUCCCAGAUGUAGGACAUGCUACUUUUGGGGUAUUCAAGCAGGGUCUCAAGUGCAUGGACACAUUGGGCCACCGUGCAGAAGGAACAAUAGGCCUCUAUGCAUGCCAUGGCACUGGAGGAAACCAGGAGUGGUCAGUUACUCGAGACAAAUUGAUUAAACACAGUGAACUGUGUCUCUCCCUACCAGAGCCUAGACCUGGCACUGCCCUUAUUCUGGCACCUUGCCAAAACAGUGACUUACAGGUAGGUAUAAAUAUGACAUUGUUAGCAUUGUUAAUAAUUAGAUAAGAACGUAAGAAAGGAGGAACACUGCAGGAGGCC